UUGGUCUAAGCUGUUCCCAAACGCAAACAAUUCCACCUUUUUAGACAACGUAUAAGAUCAAAUAUUUGGUUAACAAUUUUAGCACGAACCUGUCACACGGACCCACAAAAAAUGUAAAUAUCGCUUUGGAGACCAAGAAACGGGCAACAUAAUAAAGAAGGUGUGCGAAAAAAGACCGGGGGAAAACCACUUGCCAGUGAACCUGAAUCAGCCUCUAUAACAACAUUGCUUGCCGUUCUGUCUGCUCAUCUUCUGCCGCCCAGAAAAGCCUGUUUUCAGUUGAUAGUUGGCUUCCGUUGAGAAACGACGAAGAAAGUGUUGGCUAAUCGGGGUCACCGUAUUAAAUUAUUGCGCGUUCUAGGCCGCAUCUGGCCAAAUAUCAAUAAAGUUAACACUGUUAAUUGGCCGUCGACAUCUAGACAAAGCCGAUCCGCGUACCACUCUCUUCAAUCUCCGCCAGCGGCUCUCUUCCACUUAUCAGGCCCCAAAAAACCAACUUGGUUGAUAAGCAACUGCCCCUAGUUCGACCAGAACACUUUGAGUCGGACUCUGCUGCGGAAUGGAGCCCUUCCUGAUUUUGUGUUUUUCCCUGUCAUUGACCCUUGCCCAGGGUUAUGGCCCUGGAAUUGGAGGAUCGCGUCCCGUGCGCACUGUGGAAACGAUGACGCAGUGGCGCCAGCUGGAGUACGGCUUUCCCACGGCCCAGGAUCGGGAGAACGCCCAGUCGGCGGGUAAUCUGGUGCCGGAGAAUGGUACCCCCAUCGAUGUUCAGGCGCAAUAUAUGAACAAUGGCAAGACUAGGCUGUUCACCACCAUUCCACGGUUCGCCACCGGUAUUCCUUACACACUGGCCACCGUUUCCGAGACGCAGGCCAGGAAUGGUCCACUUCUGCAGCCGUAUCCUGGCUACUCGUGGCAUAAUGGCAACGGCGAGAACUGCGAUCUCAUUACCUCUGCCUUUAGGGUGGCUAUAACCGAGUGUAACCAGUUGUGGGUCAUUGAUUCGGGUGUAAUUGGCACCACCCAGUACUGUCCGCCGCAGUUGCUCCAGUUUGACCUAAGUACCGAUCGCCUGCUGCAUCGCUACCGCUUCCCGAACAACACUUACAUCGCCAGUGGCUCCCUUUUCAUCACGCCGAAUGUUCUGGUGCAUGAUCCGCCGCCUAGGGGCUCUUGCAGUCGCACAAUGAUCUAUGUGGCCGAUGUGAGUUAUCACGGCUUGGUGGUUUACGAUCACCAGGCGCAGACCUCCUGGCGUGCAGAGAACCGCUUCAUGUACCCCGAUCCCGAUUACGGCCACCACACUAUCGCCGGCGAGAGCUUCAAUCUGAUGGAUGGCAUGUUCGCGCUCAACAAUGACAAGCGCAAUCUGUACUUCCAUCCGUUGGCCAGUGCCAGUGAGUAUUCCGUGCCAUUGAGUGCGCUGAAUAGGCAGGAGAAUUGGGCCAAUGGACCGGAAGCAUUGCCGGAGCAGUUCACCCUGCUGGGCAGGCGGAGGAGCGAAUGCGCCGCAUCCGCCAUCGAUGGCAGGAACAACGUCUACUGCGUCACCUUCAAUCCCAUCAAGCUUUUUGUCUGGAACGUGAAUACGCCUUAUAAUUCACGAAGCUUCGGCAAUCUGCCUGCCAAGUCAGAGGACCUACAGUUUGUGAGCGGCAUGAAGGUGGUCCGGAACUCCGAUGGACAGGAGGAACUCUGGAUGCUUUCCAAUCGCUAUCAGAAAAUCGCCGCCGGUACGAUAAAAUCCAACGAGGUUAACUUCCGCAUUUUGCGACGCAAGUUGGAUGACGUCCAAGGAGGCGUUUUCUUUUCAAACGAUGACGAUCUAACCAAUCGUCUGGUGUUUAGCUAGUGAUUUACUAAACCAACAAAAUAAAUAUAUGUAAAUA